AUGAUUGAGUCCACGCUGGAUCUUGAAGCAGCUAAGGAGAACGAAUUCAUCGUUAGGCCGGAUUUUGACGAAGCUCUACAAAGCGUAAAGGAACACUUGGAAGCCGUUGAAGCUGAUAUUUUUCGUGAAUUUGAGGAGGUGAGUCUUCCUUAUGGUCCUCCCCUCCCCUUCUUGAAUUCCAUAAAACGCGGAUGGGGCGGACGCGCAUACAUUCGCGUUGCCUCCAAAGUUGGUCUAGAGCCUGGAAAGUCGAUCAAAUUGGAAUCUGCAGAAGGAGUUGGGUAUUUUCUUCGAGUGACACUCAAGAUGGAGAAGCAGAUUCGCGGAAUUAGUUGGUUGAAGAAGGUCGAUAUGCAAAAGGCCGGAGUGCGUUGUCAGUCCACGGAAAUGAGUCGCCUCAGCGAACGUCAUAACGCUUUGAAAGAAGAGUACGCGAAGACUCAAAUGUGUAUUGUCAAAGAGAUUCUUGCUGUAACGGCUGGCUACUUGGAGCCUCUUUACGCGCUGGGCAACUGCACAGCACAGUUGGACGUGGUGGUCAGUUUGGCAGUUGCGGCGGUUUCUGCACCCAAGCCCUACGUGCGUCCGCGCUUCACAGCGCACCAACCCGACGGUAGUGGCGGCGGCAUUCAUCUGCGCGACUUUCGUCAUCCCUGCCUCGAGUUCCAGGAUGGUGUCUCUGUCAUUCCAAAUGACGUCCAUCUUGAACGCGGUAAGCAAAUUUUCAAGACCAUAACUGGGCCAAACAUGGGUGGAAAAUCAACCUACAUUCGUGGUACUGGCGUGGUAGUGGCGAUGGCACAGGCAGGCAGUUUUGUGCCCGCCUCUGCUGCAGACCUCAUCCCUGUGGACGCCAUCAUGGCGCGCGUCGGGGCCGCCGAUUGUCAACUCCGUGGCAUUUCUACCUUCAUGGCCGAAAUGCUCGAAACUGCCGCUGUCCUCCGGUUGGCUACCCGUGACUCGCUGGUCAUAGUGGACGAGUUGGGCCGGGGCACCUCCACGUACGAUGGCUUCGGGCUGGCCUGGGCCAUCUCGGAGCAUCUUGCGUGUCACGUGGGUUGUUUCAGUCUCUUCGCCACGCAUUUCCAUGAGCUCACUUCCCUGGCCCACCUCCUGCCUGGCCUCGUAGCCAACUACCGAGUCUCUGCUGAGGUUUUUCAACGCUCUCCCUCUGGCUCUUCUUCCAACAUCCCUGAUUCCGAUGUUGUCAUGCUUUACAAGGUGGAGCCCGGAGUCUGCGACCGGAGUUACGGCCUCCAGGUGGCUCGGUCGAUCGGUCUGCCGUCGGACCUUGUGGCGGAGGCAGAGGCCGCCUCAGCACAGGAGGAGAAGGUGGAAUCUCUUUGGGUUCGUCUCGGUGAAUCCAUGGGCGUUGAUGUUCCGUCUCCAUCCCAGGAGAAAAGUCAAACCGAUGUGGGAGCGUUGAGCGCUGUCGUGGUGGCAGAGCGACUGCGGGCCGGACUGGAGGAGGUGCUGGAACAGGCUCUGUCUAACUCCAACAAAGGUGACGGUGAACUUGCCUUCAGGGAUAGUCUUACUAACGCUGCGAUGGAGAUGCUCAACCGGCCCUCCUUUGGCUUCGACUCGACCAUCACAACAUUCGAAGUUCAGCGAUGCUCCCCGGUGGAUAUUCCACCGCCCAUGCAGUCGCAUCGCUGGCUGUUUGAUGGCACCUUCCAAAGUAAUUUUAAAGUUGCCAUGGGGAAUGUAAAACGCAGUGGCCGUGAGCACGGUGAAAUCAUGGACAGAUGUCGAUUCUUAAACAGUAGUAGUGCAGUACUUAGGGAGGAUGCGGUAGCAGCGCCUGCUUUGGAAAAGCAGUUCCAACAAUCUAACUUUGGUGGUGAAACACUCGGUGGCUUGGGCCAUCUUCCUUCACUUGCACGUAGCAAAGCUAUGUCGAACGUUCCACCUCCCAGCGGUCUUAGCUAUCAAGUUAAAAAGAAGCUUGAAGGCAAACGUGACAAAGAUCAAGAGAACGAGGCCCUUGAAUGGAUUGAAGCUCUUACUGGACUCAAGUUGGACCGUUCUAAGCUUUAUGAAGACAUACUGAAGGAUGGCACCGUUUUGUGCAAGCUCAUGAACAGUAUCAAACCGGGCUGCAUCAAGAAGAUCAAUGAGAACGCCACGAUGCCCUUUAAGAUUAUGGAGAACAUUAGCGCCUUCCUGGAGGCGAUGAAGGGCUACGGUGUCCCAGUGGCUGAUCUCUUCCAGACUGUCGAUCUCUUCGAGAAGAAAGACAUUGCCCAGGUCACACGAACUCUUUUCGCUCUUGGACGCACGUGCCAAACUCACCCAGAGUACAGUGGUCCUGUGCUGGGUCCAAAACUGGCCACGGAGAAUAAGCGUGAAUUCACGGAGCAACAGCUGCGAGAGGGUCAAAAUGUGGUGAGUCUGCAGUAUGGCUCGAACAAGGGUGCUAGUCAGGCUGGUAUCAAUAUGGGCAAGCAGCGCAUGAUCAUGGAUUAG